CUUGAUUGUUACAGUCCAGGUGUGUGUGCCCUUCGAUCAUCAGCACCUACUGUGUCCUUUGGAGGUGGGGAGGGUGUCAUUAUAGUAACGAGGAGGUCAGGUGCUUUCCUCUCAUUUCAUUUGCAAACAGAUGCCAUUGACAACCACAGAUCAUUUCACGAGAAGUCUGGCCUCACCGGCAAACGGGAACUCCCACCUGAAGAUGAAGUAAGGCCAGGGGGCUUUGCCAGGCCGCUGUCCGAGAACGCUGCUAUGCGCACGAUAAUCGAGUUUCUGACUUUCUUGCAUCUCAAAGAGGCUGGGGCCCUGGAGUACCUGCCCGACCUGCCGGCCGCGGUCUCCGCAGAGGACGGGGAGCAGCCCUGACGACGCUCCCGGGCGCG